AUGGAGCACUCUGUGAGCAGUUGGAUAUUCAGAUGCGCACAGACUGUGUAUAUACUGUCGUGUGCAAAUGGAGCACCUAUGAGUCUGUGCACUCUGCUAUUGUACAAAAGAGAGAAUGUUCUCUACAUCAGUAGAAUGGAAAGCAUGUCAAGAGCUAAGGGCCUUGGGAGGAUGGUUCUAAUUGAAAACCUAAAGAAAGUAGUGGCUGCGCUGGGAUACCCUGCAGUAUACUUGUACUCCAAGCCCGUAGACUCAGAACAUCUGCACACAGACAGCCCAAUAUCCCAUCCAGUGCGGCUGUGCGCGUACUGGGAGAGCGUAAUGAGUGGCAUAGGAUAUGAAAGUGAGCGAAUAGGCCACGCAGAGGCAAGAAAUGGGUCGUACAGAGACAUCCUGCUAAAUAACAAAAGGAUUGCUAAGUGUCUAGGAAGAAUAAAAGAUGAGCCCAUAAGCAGAGCAAUGAAGAAUGCGCCAAGUGCCAGUAUGGAUGAUAUUAUGACUAUCCUGUGCUCUAGCAGAGAUCUGACCAGUGGAGUGCUUUUAUUUAGCAAAAAGGCCCAGGCAAAAGAAAGAGAGAAUAGUCCGCAGAAUACUGGCAGAACCAAACGAGUGCAUUGCAUAGAUAAGAUCACAAAAGAAGACAUCGUAAGAGCACUAGACGAUCUGCAUACAGCAGAAAAGUAUUUAAAAUCCAAAGGAGUAGCAGAAAUGCACCAGACAAUAAGAGAAGAAGAUAUCCCAAAAAGAGAGCCUGUUAAAAUAGCCAAAAUAACCAAAUUAAGAACAAAAUCUGCAUAA